AUGGAAACUGUUUUUCAAGAAUUCUCUGGCUAUCACGGGACAUUAGUGAAACCUUAUUAUUGGCUUUACCCAAACCAGAACUGCUCCAAAUGUCCGUAUCAUAUUAGAACAGGAGAAGAGUCAAGAGUCACCUACAGGGAGUUUUAUGAAACGUUUGGAUUCCCAUAUGGGCCAACAAUGCAUGAAGACAAACAACUCAUAUUUUAUGAAAUAAAGGCCUUUAAUGGAGCAGUAAUACAGAAAGGCCAAGUUACUAGUUGUGCUUCUUCUAACAUUCAUGCAGAAUCCAUUUUGUUUGAAAAACAUGGCUACUUGGAUUCCCUUCUCUAUCAGCAUGAUUCAGUUGGCUACAUAACUCUGUAUGUCAACUUUACCCCUUGCAAUGAGUAUGGUCACUACUGCAUUAGCAAAAUGUAUGAUAUAUUGAUCAAAUAUACACAAAUGCGUCUAGACAUCUAUUUUUCACAAAUGUAUCAUGUUGAAGUGAAUUUUCCCUCUGCUGUCUGGAACAGAGAUGCCUUAAAAAGCCUUGCUGGUCACUGGCCUAGAGUAACACUGAAUCCACUGUGUGAUGGCAUUUGGAAAACUGUUCUGUGCACCUUUGUAAAAGAAGUUCCAGAGACAUCAAUGAAUCAGCCCAUUUUGCCUAUCCGAGCAUCUGCAGAUAGACACAAUGCAAUACUUGAUCCAUGUUAUCACAGGAAUUAA